AUGGAACCAUCACUAAAACCAAACCCUUUCCUCUCUUUCUCAUCUUUCCUCCACACUCACUGUAACCGCUUCGCCUCCGACCUCUCUUCCCGUUUCGAAGACACCAAACGACGCUUCUCUCCUCUUCCUCCCUUCGCCUCUGUCUCACACUCCUCAAAUCCUUCUUCCACCACUUCAACCUUAAACUCAUCUCACGUAGCUAAAUCCCUCACUGGAACGUCCGUGUUCACAGUCAGCAACACCAACAACGAGUUCGUUCUCAUCUCGGACCCUACAGGAGACAAGUCUAUUGGGUUGCUCUGUUUCCGACAAGAAGAUGCCGAAGCUUUUCUUGCUCAGGCGCGGCUCAGGAGAAGAGAGUUGAAAGCUAAUGCUAAGGUUGUUCCCAUUACUCUCGACCAGGUAGUGUACUUGUUAAAAGUUGAGGGGAUUUCUUUUCGCUUCUUGCCCGAUCCUAUCCAAAUAAAGAACGCUUUGGAGCUCAAAUCCUCGAGUAGUAAGAAUGGCUUUGAUGGAGUUCCGGUUUUCCAGUCUGAGCUUCUUGUUGUGAGGAAAAAGAAUAAACGUUACUGCCCUGUAUAUUUCAGUAAGGAAGAUAUAGAGAAGGAACUUUCAAAGCAUACAAGAGCAUCAAGAGGAGAUCAGCAAAUAAUGGUUGGGAGUUUGGAAGAUGUCUUGAGGAAAAUGGAGAGGAGCGAGAAGAAUUCAGGUUGGGAAGAUGUAAUAUUCAUUCCACCAGGAAGAAGUUAUGCACAACACAUGCAGGAGAAGAAGAUGGAAGAGACCUGCGAUGAUUGCUUGAGAUGGGAAGAACAACUCUACUGGACUCACUUCCAAACCAUCCAUUUCUCUCAGCUCCUCCUUCCUGGCUUUCACAAUCUCCUCGCCAUACCUAAAAAGUUUUCCACAUUUUGCAAAAGGAAGCUACCUAAGAUAGUAACUCUCAAAAGUCCUAGUGGAUCUAAAUACAACGUGGGUUUAGAGGAAGAUGAUGAAAAGACUCUGGCUUUCCGUUGUGGUUGGGAGACCUUUGUGAAAGAUCAUUCUCUACAAGAGAGUGAUCUAUUAGUCUUCAAGUUCAACGGAUCAUCUGAGUUUGAAGUACUGAUCUUCGAUGGAGACACUUUAUGUGAGAAACCAACUUCUUAUUUCGUCAGGAAAUGUGGACAUGCAGAGAAGACCAAUGAUCUCAUUGGUAUUGAUACAAUGCUACCUCAGACUGGUAUUGAGCAAGAAGAACAUAUUAACUCUGACCUUGACACAGACUCUCGCCAGCCUACUGUGAUAACCCCAACUAGUAAUGGGCCAAUCAGUGAAGGGAAGUAUCCCAUUGGCGUUUUUAAAAAGAUGCGAGGUCAAAUAAGUAUCAAUGAUCUUGAAAAGAAAGCUGAUGUUGAAAUGAUUUCAGGAGGUAGCAGAAAGAGAAUAGGUGAGACUACCAAAAAGAAAGCCUUAUCUCUAGCUAAAAGAUCCUUAUCACCGAGAGGUUUCUUGGUGGUUAUGAAACGCUCUCAUGUGGUAUCAAAGUGUUUCCUGUAUGUCCCUGUCCAAUGGAGCGCGAGGAACAUGUCUCGUGAACCUCAGGAUGUAGUGAUGCAGGUGGGUGAAACAAAAUGGCACUUGAGGUUUAAACAUUAUGGAUCUAAAGGCCGUGGUGGGAUCUCAACGGGGUGGAAGAGUUUUGUAAGAGGCAACAACUUGUGUGAAGGUGAUGUCUGUGUGUUUGAGCCAGCCAAGUCCGAGGUUAAGCCGUUUCAUCUCGAUGUCUACAUCUUUCGCGCUGCAGAAGGGGAAAGUAGCAACAAUGGUAUGAACACAUCUACGCACUUAAAGGCUCAAGCUCGUUGCCCUCUUCAAGAACACUUCCUUCCCCGUAAAAACUCCAAGGAAAACCUUGACAGAUUCAUACCAAACAGAUCAGCUAUGGAUUUUGACUAUGCUCACUUCGCUCUCACCGAAGGAAACAAAGGUAAAGAUCAGACAGCAACGGUAAGCUCACCAUCUAAAGAAGCAUACAAGAAGCAACUCGCUGAGACGAUGAACCUAAACCACACGAGGAUCCUCGCCUUCCGAAACAAACCUCAAGCACCCGUUGAGUUGCUUCCCACUGACCACUCUGCCUCUCUUCACCAGCAACCAAAAUCCAUUAAGCCAAGAAGAUACAUUCCUCAGACUUCUGAGAGGACAUUAGAUGCACCUGACAUUGUUGAUGACUUUUACCUCAACUUGCUUGAUUGGGGAAGUGCUAAUGUCUUAGCCAUUGCUUUGGGACACACUGUUUAUCUCUGGGAUGCUUCUAGUGGCUCAACAUCUGAGCUUGUGACUAUUGAUGAGGAGAAAGGACCAGUCACGAGUAUUAACUGGGCUCCUGAUGGUCGUCAUGUUGCUGUUGGACUUAACAACUCUGAAGUCCAGCUUUGGGAUUCUGGAUCCAACCGUCAACUGAGGACAUUGAAAGGUUGUCACCAGUCUAGAGUAGGAUCAUUGGCGUGGAACAAUCACAUCUUGACAACAGGUGGAAUGGAUGGAAAUAUUGUUAACAAUGAUGUCCGCAUCAGAUCACAUAUCGUGGAGACUUACAGUGGCCACACUCAAGAGGUUUGUGGGCUUAAGUGGUCAGGCUCCGGACAGCAGCUAGCGAGCGGUGGUAAUGACAAUGUGGUGCAUAUAUGGGAUCGCUCUUUGGCCUCGUCGAACUCGACCACGCAGUGGCUUCACAGGCUUGAGGAACAUACAUCUGCUGUGAAGGCUCUUGCGUGGUGUCCUUUCCAAGCGAAUUUGUUGGCGACUGGUGGUGGUGGAGGAGAUAGGACGAUUAAGUUCUGGAACACACACACUGGGGCUUGUUUGAACUCGGUUGAUACUGGCUCACAAGUUUGUUCUUUGUUGUGGAGUAAGAAUGAGAGAGAGUUGCUUAGCUCACAUGGGUUUACGCAGAACCAGCUUACCUUGUGGAAGUACCCGUCUAUGGUGAAAAUGGCUGAGCUCACGGGGCAUACGUCAAGAGUUCUGUAUAUGGCUCAGAGUCCAGAUGGUUGUACAGUUGCUUCAGCAGCAGGAGACGAGACUUUGAGAUUCUGGAAUGUAUUUGGAGUACCAGAGACGGCUAAAAAAGCAGCUCCAAAAGCAGCACAUGAGCCAUUUUCUCAUGUUAACCGUAUUCGUUGAAGAAAGAAGACUAACAACAAAGAAGACCAGCACUUGAUUGUUACAUGUAAAUGUUCUUAAUUUCAUUUUUUGGGUUUCAUUCAUCACGAACUGUGCAUUGACAGUAAGCAUAAUGAUUUUGUAUAGAAGUUUCAUUUUUUUACACUCAAUGCAUAGUAAUCCCAUGUAACUGUACAUUUCACAUAUUCUACUAGUUGACAUGAAUCAGAGCUUUGGUGAAUUCAUAGUUUCAAC